GGUACAGGUGUUCCUGUGUAUAUACAGGGCUUAUGAGCCACAUACAUUGCAAAGCACACUAAGCCUUUAGCGCUAUACCUGCACAUAUACAGAACCAUGAGGUUAGUGACUGUACAACUCCUUGGGUUAAUACUAUUACUAUUCACGGCCCUUGGUUUUAUGAUUCAGCUCCUGGGAACCCACUUCCAGAAAAUUAGCCCACCUCAGACUUUCACUGUACUACGCCAGCAUUCCUCACCCUCAAUAAAAACUUGUCGUCCAAAAACUCACAUAGUGUUCCUGAAGACCCACAAGACUGGUGGAAGCUCCAUACAAAAUAUGCUACAUCGCUAUGGGGACAGGAACUCAUUGACAUUCGCUCUACCCCAAAAAUAUCAGUUCAACUAUCCCAGCCUGUUCCAUGCUAGCAGGGUGAAAGGAUAUAAUGAAUUUAAGAAGCCAAAGUAUGAUAUCUUGUGCCACCAUAUGCGCUUAAAUCUCCCAGAGGUCAGGAUGCUCAUGCCUGCAGACUCCUUCUACGUCACAAUUUUACGGGAUCCAGCGACCUUAGCAGAGUCUUCUUUCUCUUAUUAUCGCUCAGAGUCAUCUGCAUUUCAGAAAGCCCCCGACUUUAAGACCUUCUUGGCUCAACCUGCCCUCUACUACAAACCACGAGAGAAAGGAAACCAAUAUGCACGCAACUUUCAGUGGUUUGACCUGGGAUUUAAUCCUGACACCCCUUUCAAAGAAUCUGUGGCCAAAGCGGGAGUCAGGGAGAUACAGAGAGCUUUCCAUAUAGUUCUACUCUCUGAGUACUUUGAUGAAUCAAUGAUCCUUCUGAAGGAAGAGCUUUGCUGGGACCUUGAUGAUGUGGUGACCUUUAAACAGAAUAGCCAUGAUUCCACACCUCUGGAUAAAAGAGAGAAAGAGAUGUUACGAGCAUGGAAUUCCCUAGACUUGUAUCUUUAUGUCUACUUCAACAGUACCUUCUGGGAGAAAGUAGAGAGAUUUGGGAAAGAGAAGAUGGACAUUGAAGUUAGGAGGUUAAGAGAAAGAAGACAACAGCUAGCUGACAUAUGUCUGGAGGGGGUGAAUCCUGUAAGAGUGGAUCAGGACAAGAAGGAGAAAAUCAAGCCUUUUCAGUUUAGGCAGGAGAAGAACAUAGGGUGGGUGGUGAAAAUGGAUCUUGAGCCUAAUACUCGGGCACAGUGUAUUCAAAUGAUAACUCCAGAGCUGCAAUACAAGGAUAUUUUGGAUGCAAGGCAGUUUCCAGGAGCUGUAUGAAACUGGUCUACACCAGCAGGGACUUCAGUAACCUUCUAGGAUCCUAGACGUUUCUUAGGUUAAAAACUUUGCAAUUGAGGUGGGUUUUAGGAAUAAAGAUAAUUAUUAUUGGAUUUAUUUAACAUUAUUAAAAGGAUGGCAUAUUUCAAGGCUUCUUUCCGCCAAGCUGCACUUCUUCCAUACAAAUGUCAUCCAUCUUUAGUAAAGCAAGACUGUGGAAUUGAAAGGUUUGCUCCCCUUACCCCAAGAAAUUGAACUGAAUCUAAUUGAACAAACAUUUAUUUGCUGACUGUUAUCCGUUCCUAGUCUUUUAUUAUAUUUUAUUUUAAAUUCUUCAUGGUCACUUUUGUUGUUUCUCUUGAUAGGCUGAAGAGGUAGCGAGUUUGCCCAGUGAGCAGAUUUUUGUUCACUUUGGCCCCUCUGGUGGUGGGUCAAAUCAAAUUGAUUUGAUCCUAAGGUCCCCAUGUAAGGAAUUGACAAGAACUCUUGCAC